AUGGCGAGGAACGUGAUAUCGCCUCAAGCAGAGGGGCAGGAGCCUCCCGCAGGUGUCCCAAAAAGGCCACGUCUCCACUACAACAGCAUGGAUGAGAUAGAACUAGCAGCCGAACAGGUCCUGGAACGCAUUGAACGGAACACGCAGCUAAAUGUCGACAGCCAUGUGCUUGGCUUUUACCGCAGUGUCGAAGAAAUCGCCCGUCAAGGGGUGCAAUUGUACUGUACGAACUCAAAAAGAGACUUCCCGUACCCCCCACCGCCUUCGGCUUAG